CUGAGACGAUGAUUUAAAUGCGUGACAUCACGAAGAACACUCCCGAGGGCCUCUGUGACACAUUUAGUAGUUGGUAAGUGAGACCAGUAGGGGGUUGGAUCGCUCUCCCAUGAUCUCCAGCCUCCAGCCCAAGGUCGGUCUCAGUGCUGCAUGAAGGCACGGCGAGAGAGGGAGGACACUUCCCUCUCCAGCAUCAAACGCGAGGGAUGCGCUUCAUCGCCUUAUGGGGCUGGAUGGAUGGAGCGACAGGGUCAUGAAGGUGACCAGAACCUCUGGGUUGGAUUUAGGGGGUAGUUACCUCGGAAGGAGCCUAUCCAUAAUUAAUAAGAGCGAGUCGGAGAUCCUAGAACCGAAGCGCAACCAUCGGCGAGUCAUGUCACCAACUGACAGCGCUUCCAGAGGAGCUGACGAGGAAGACAAAGGAGGAUGAAGGAGGCAGAGGAGGAUUAUAAUGAAGCUGAGUGGCAAAGGACUGUGCACCAUCGUUUCCAGCAGUCUACUCUUCUUGUGCGCCGUGAGCGCUGUGGUCGUGGGAAUCAGAUGCAUCGCGUUGGGCUCCAGGGUGCGAGCGCACUUCCAUCUGGCCACCGCGGCCGGCGCGUUCUACUCGGGCAUCCUGGUGACUCUCGGGCAGGUCCUGAUGGGGGUGGCGCAGGUCUUCUGCCGGGGGAACCCCAGGUGUACGAAUUUGUUCCUCUUUGGGAUCUUAGUGUUUCUUUUGGGGGUCCUGACGGCGUUCUCGGGAGCGGUGGUGGAUGGCGACACGGUGUCCCUGGUGGAGAGGAAGUACGCGCACUAUUGCCUGGACUCAGUGGAUGUAAACCCGGCGUGCGACCGGCUCAAGGUGUACCAGCGGGGUCUGGUGGUCUCCACUAUCCUUAACACUCUGGAGUGCCUCCUGGGGCUGAUGAACCUGGUGAUCAUUAAGCGUUAUCAAACAGAGCAGUUUCACCGGAGACGCCGGACGCAGAGGCAGAGCGCGCGGAUCGUCCUGAACGAGGAGCGCGACUUCGCGGUCACGGAGUUCCAGCCGGUGUCCUACAUCAAUCUGGGGGUGGUUCACGCGUUGGACGCGGCGGACGGGGAGGUGCACAGCCGGGGCCACCCGUCCAUGGUGCUGCCGGGCUAUUCGCCCACAAAUCCGGAGCUUAAUCACACGUACCCGUUUUCUUACCCGCUUCACAACGUGUUGCCACCUGCCUACGAGGACAUAUUCCCUUGAGAAGCGAGCAGCAAGUAGCAAAGGAGAGGAACCGAGAUGCAGUUUUGCAGUGACAAUCACGCAUUCGGCACGCUGAACAUGGAAUUGAUUAUUUCUUUAUAAUGGUGACCAGCUGUUGACGAACACUUUUUUAUUAAUUGGAGGUUACAGCCAACACUCGAAAUCCAACAAUUGUUCAUAAACUUCCUAUGAGAAGGUAAACGCACUGAAAGGAUUAAAAUUACAUGCAUUUAUUAUUAUUUUUUGACCAUCCUGAUUGUAUUCUCAGCUCAUCCCUUCUCUAAAUCUCAAAGGUUUGUGUAUAGGAUUGCCAUCUGAA